GACGUCUCUAAAAACAAUUGAGAAGAUGCAAUCCAAUUUUAGAAGUAUGUACUUGCUCUCUAUAACCACUGCUUGAGUUUCUUAAUGUGUAUCUCAACCUUAGGAAAAUUACGAAGACUGGGCCCUGGUAAAUGAUUUUUCGUUCUAGAAUUGAGCGAUCAUAUCAUUAGUCAUAUCAUUACUCGGUAAAUAAGGAGAAUAGUACCCGGGAUUGCCACCAUAUUGGUAGACACAACCAGUUAAUACUGUCACUAAACCUAACCCUAAAUCGAUCCCUAUGCCUAACCUGAACCCUAAAUCGAUCCCUAUGCCUAACCCUAACCCUAAAUCGAUCCCUAUGCCUAACCUGAACCCUAAAUCGAUCCCUCUACCUAACCUGAACCCUAAUUCACUGCAACUAUGGCGGCCAUCUUGGGUACCGUUCUCCGCUUUAGCCCAUUAGUCAUAUCAUUAGUCAUAUCAUUAGUCAUAUCAUUAGUCAUAUCAUUAGUCAUAUCAUUAGUCAUUCCAUUGCUUUAAGUUUGAGUCUGUCUUAGUCGAAAGAAAAAAAAAAUUGAAGUAUUGCUAUUAUUUUUUUGAAAAGUAUCAAUAAUUCAAAGUUUAAAAAUUAGUAAUAUAGUAUAUAUAGAGACAUUUGGUAUGUUGAAGGAAUAGAUAGGACUAAAAAUAAUAAAAUAUAGACAUGGGAGAGAAAAGAUAUGUCGCUUAAUUGAUUUGUUUGAAGAAUGAGUUGUUUUUUUCUAAAACAUAAAUUGUUUAACAUCGUUUUUUUUAAAAAUAUGUUUGAACCUUAUUACAAUUGUCGAGAAUCUUUACACUCUGGUUCUGUCUUGACACUUUGCUGUCUUUUUCACGCGUAACACUAUUUCUUAAAUGUCUGCUUGACUUGCGUUAAUUGUAGUAUAUAUGUGUAUCAGUUGUAUGCUGUCAAUGUAUCAAAUGAAUGCCGUCUAUGUAAUAAUGUAUGCCGUCCAAAUAUUAAUUGCAUGACGUCUAUGUAUUAUUUGUAUGACGACUAUGUAUCAAUUGUAUGGCAUCUGUGUGUCAGAGAUCAACAAGUGCCCUGGCGACAGUGGAAAGUAACAGAUGGAUAAUGAACCUCCACGAAUAGAUUACAAUAUUUGUCCAGUAACAGGUUUGACUGAAAGGUGAGUGACAUCAGAUGUUAUAUAGCAGGUUUGACUGAAAGGUGGGUGGACAUCAAAUGUCCUAGAAUAGGUUUGACUGAAAGGUGACAUGACACUGGUGUAAUAGGUUUGACUGAAGAUAGGUGACAUCACAUGGCAUACAAAAGGUUUAUCCUGACUAAAUCUUUCAAAUAAGUUUUUCCGCUGUAACUUCAGCAAAAUGUUCACUUCAAUUUCCUGGUUGGGCUGAUUUUUCCAAACAAAGAUUUCAAAAUGUCCUUAACCCGUCCUGUUUCAACAAGUAGGCCCACAGUAUUUAUUUAUUAAUUUUUUUCCCCGUAACUUUGUCCUGUUUAAUCGCGAGUUGUAAACAGUAUAGAAUAGACGACAGAAUAAAAUGAUUAUCUAACACUCCUGAUAUCCAGCCUGAAAUAAACAAAAGAAUUAUAUAUAUCUAUAUAUAAAUAUAUAUAUAUAAUAUUCAUCCAAAUAAGCAUCACGAUUUUUUUUUCAAAAGUACGCUUCUCAGACAGAAGUGUACCCACAGAUAAUUUUUAAAAUAUUUCUUAAUUUCAUUUUUACACACAUGAAGCCAAAACGAUUUAAAUGUCCUGGUUUUUAAUUAUUAUUUUUUUUAAAAUGGUUAGGCCUACAUAUUUAUCAAUUUUUUUAACCUUACUCCACAAAUAACAACACACCUGUUUAGAUUAUAUAUUUUUUCAAAAUCAUUAUUUUUUUAAGUCAUCGUAUAUUUUUUUUUAAAAUUCCUUGCAUUAUCGAUUUUUAAAAUAUGUUUUAAAUCAAUCUUGUGAUAAAUUAUUAUUAUUAUUUACUUAAUUUUAAGUGUCAAAACAUUUUUUUUUUAAUUCUAAAGGGAGAGAAACAUCAUUAUACAUUCGUGGCGAGCAAUAAGGGGGACAACCUGGUCAGAUAAUGUACAUUCCGGAGUUGCCUUUGUAUUAUGGUAACAAUUAUCUGAUUUACAUACUUUUAUCAAUUUUAAAGCAGUAGGCUCAAAAUAUGCAAUCUAUCAAAUAAACAUUGGACAAUUGUCUGUAGAGUAGGGUUCUCAAACUCAAAUUAUCGGGGGGGGGGGGGUGCAGGAGGUAGAGUCUGAGUGGGACUGGGCCACAUCAAGUAUUCCACACACACACACACACAAACCGAUUAUAAGUUCAAUUAAGUACAACUGCUACAAUCUGCUCAACCUUUAUUAAAUAACAGAUAAAUACAUUUAUUAAGUGUUCUCAAGAAAUAGGCUUCACUUACUUCCUCCUACUCCUUGUUGCCAGAGACCUGGCAGCGCUUCUUCUUACAGCUGAGCAACAUUUGGCUUGAGUGAGGAAGCAACUGAGACCCUCAUUAUAGCUUGAAGAUGCUCAUCAGUAGUUUGGCUCUGAACUUUGACUUGUUAAAGUUCAUAGUUGAAAAGAGCUUUUUACACAGAUAGGUAUUCCUAAAAAGGCACCAUAUCCGCUUAAAAAACCUGGAUAUCUCAGGGAAGGUGGAGGGAAAUUCUCUCAUAAAUUGUCCAAGUUUAUCUGUUUUCCAUUCACCUCUCUGAACUUAGAGUUCAGAAUUGGACUGAAGAUCACUCAGCUUCACUUGAAGCGAAAAAAAAAAAAAGGGGGGGGGGGUGAGGGGCAUUUCCUCAUUGAAGAAAAAAGGUUCAGCAAAAAUGGGGAAAAUGGCUCUGUGUGCUUUGAAGUCUGUAAACAUGUGAUUUAAUUCUUCCUGUAGCUUUGCGAAGGCAUCAGUAUACUUACUACUAAAUGGUGUUCCCGAGUCCAUGAGCAAUUUGCAUGUUGGGAAAUAGCAGAGGUUUCUCUGAGAAAGCUGGACUUUCCAUAGCACAAGUUUUGUGCAGAAUGCCUGACUUUGUCAUGGACAGUGUAGAAUGACCGGUUUCCAGAUGAGCUAAGCAAGUUUUCUAUUGUCUGUAUGUAGAAUGUCCCAGUGGCGUAGCUAGGGUAAAAGUCGCUAUGGGCGGGCCAAGACUUUUGCAGCCCCCUUCCAUGAAACCUUUGCAGUAGGCCGAAAAUGGCGCUCCUCCAUUUAAAGAAAAAGCCCCCCCCCCCGGGAGCGGACCAACCCCUCCGACCACCCUCCGGAAAAAAUUGUCUGAACUGAAUACUGAGCUCAAGCCAAUAGUCUCUUGACUGAUACCUGGGUUCCAUUUAGCUCUAAACCAUUAUGUCAUACAGUGACGUAGCUAGGUGGGCGGGCCAAGCCUUUUGCAGCCCCCUUCCAUGAACCCUUUGCAGUAGGCCGAAAAUGGCGCUCCCCCAUUUAAAGAAAAAGCCCCCCCCCCCCGGGAGCGGACCAACCCCUCCGACCACCCUCCGGAAAAAAUUGUCUGAACUGAAUACUGAGCUCAAGCCAAUAGUCUCUUGACUGAUGCCUGGGUUCCAUUUAGCUCUAAACCAAUAUGUCAUACAGUGACGUAGCUAGGGUUCGCACCACCCUGGACGGGCUAAGAUUUUUUAGCACCCCCCACCCACUUUACUCCACACACAAAAAAAUCCGCAGCUGGCCAAAAAUUCCGCCCCUCAAUCUAUUUACAUAAAAGUGCCGCCCGGCAUUAUACCAUCUUUGUGUAUUUUAAGCUUUGUUACCGUGAACUCUGUGUAUUUUAAGCUUUGUUACCGUGAACUCUGUGUAUUUUAAGCUUUGUUACCGUGAACUCUGUGUAUUAUAAGUUUUCUUUCGUGAUCUUUAUUUUAUUCUAAGCUAUUUAGCUGUGAUCUUAGUGGGGUUUUUAAAACUAUUUUUGCCUUAGUUUUUUAUUUUAAUUAAUUUUUUUUACCGUGAUGUUUCUGUAUUUCCCAUUGUUUUGCUGUGAUCACUUUUAACACAGUUACCUGCCGUCACAAAACAAUGUUUUAUUUUAGGUUUGCCUAGUUUUUAUGUUUGUGAUUAAUACAAGAGUUUAGAUUUUAAUAGUUAAAAGUGGCAAAUAAAAAAAAAAUACUUUUAAAACUUUAAAAAUGACUUUCUAUCUAAGGCGAGUUUAAACCACACACAAUUAAAAAAAAUAAAUAAAAAUAAUAAUUUAAAUUUUCAUUACACACAUUGACACAUACAAAAAAAAAAUUAAUUAAAAAAAUUCGUAAGUUUGUGCAGAGAAUAUUUUCAAAAUUAAUUAAAAUAAAAUAUAUUUACGUUUCGUCAAUAUUUCAUUAGAAUAAUUUGGCUAAAUAUAGUGCUAAUCUACUCUUCUCAACAUUAUUUAUUUGCGUAAUGCGUGUUAAAAAUUUAAAAUUAUUUCCUACACUUCCUUGGUUUAAACUCAUCUUUGAUUGAAAGUCUUUUUAAAAAGUUUUUUUUUUUUUUUUAAAUAUUUUAAAAAUGUCCUUUUGUGUGUGACGUCCUGAAGGAUGUUCGACAAUGUCCCAGGCAUGUUGCUGCGAUUCUCCAACAAAUUCCACAACCUCCCCAUCAGCCGGAUGGCCGGUGACGAAAAGUUCCUGGCCCACUCGGCUGAGGUGAUGAACACAAUUGACAGCUUGAUACAACAUAUUCAUGAUCCAGAUACGCUUGACCAGAGUAUUCGGACCAUGGCAGAACUUCACGUAAAUCUCAAACCUUCAGUAGGCACUCCCUACUUCCGGGUAAGAUUAGAACUGUUUUUUUUUUAAUAAUCAGAGAAGUGAAAAAAUUACCAGAGAGGUUAAAAUAAUUCAAAUGUUUAGGAAAAUAGUGUUGCCAUGAUUUGUCAAGUUAUUUUUAAACACACACACACAAAGUUGUCAAAUACUAAGGUGCCAUAUAUUUUUUAUGCCAAAUAUUAAGAUGCCAUAAUCAUAUAUGUUGAUGCCAAUGGUGGAUUUAAGUGGGGCCCCAAAAAUCAUCUGCAAGGCCCUGGUUAUAUGAGCAGAUGAGUAAGGAGCAAUCUAAUGGAGGAGUAGUCGUGUUGGGGAAACGCACUUCUCUCUGAUUCAAAAAUAAAACAGAGGUAUCACAAAGUAAUUUUCGGCCGCUUCAUUCAAAGGUUCAUCUUCUUUACACGGUCUGACGUCAUCUAAUCAAUUCAUUGUUUUAGUUGUGGUCACAGGACUCCAAGCAUAGCACCAAUCCUCAAAUUCCAUGCGUUAUCUACACCCAGAGUCGUUGUGUGAGUUUUCAAGGCCCAUUCACUCUUUAAAUUUUAAAUUUAAAAAAAUAGUUUUGAGCCACUUGCACGCAAGGUGAAUAAAUAUCCGAGGCUUCCCAAACCGCCGGUGUUUCAGGGCCCACACAACGGCUCGUUAUACACUAGGUAUUUCUUAUCAUCGUAAUAACAAUGACUUCAUCUAUUAAUGCUUUUUUUUUAUGCUUUCAAUAACUUUUGCAGAAUUUUCACCAAAACUUUCAUCUCUUUAUCGAGAAAAUGCUGAAAUGUGAACAGAAUAGCGAGGAGGUGAGAGUGUGGACGACAUUUAUUGGCAGCAUGUGCACCGCCAUUUUGAAAGUGGAAUCAGAACAGCAACAAAAAAAGAGGAAGUGUUGUGUGACAAUGUAACCAGACUCAUCAGGGUGUUUCAGUGUGGCACAGUCGAUGUCAUUAGAGUUUCUCAGUGGACGUCUACUCCAAACCGAUGCCGAGUUUACCCUCAAACCGAGGCAGACUUUACCCCACACUGAUGCUGAGUUUAUUUAACAAAAGGCCAACAAACAAAGUGUCCACAGAAUCCCGUCAAAUUGACCCUAACGUGAAUGGAGAUUUAUAUAAUUUCUGCCUUGAGCAGCUUGUUGGGUUAAAAGGCAACAAGAUAUAUAUUAAAAUAUAAC